AUGGAUCAACAACAAUCUUUCCGUCUGGGAAGCCGAGCGGUGAUUUCAAGUCUCCACCAUCUUGGCCAGCACGACUACAUUGGAGUUCUCAAGGAUAGCCUUUUUCAUGCGUCAGGGAAUGUUGGAAAAGCCGAGUGGGGUUCUUUGGUUACGGGAAGCCGAAGCAUGAUUGCUAGUCCAGAAACUGGUUGGAAGUGGGAUACAUUAAACUCCAAUGACAUUCCCGAGGAUUUUGACCAUCAAGCGCUUAUAACUUUGAGCUUUCCAGGGUAUGCGGAGGCACCCCAAAUCGUCACAUCGUCCUUCAAUCCCCUUGGCGUGGAACUGCCUGUGCUUCCCCUUCCCUCAACAUCAAACCCUUUCACUGCGUAUUCCCAGGAUAGCACCUUCGCCUUCGCGGUUCCACACAAAAAGGCGCCUGAAUUGGUGGCUGCUUUGCAACAGAUUCCUCACAAUGGACCUAAUGGCGAAUCUCUCGAGGACGUGCGUGCCGAGAUGAAGCACAAAACGUGGAUCAUGAAGGCUGCCCGACCCGACACGAAAGGCAGUCUUUCGCAGUGGGUCCAUGAUAGCUGGAUGGAAUUCCUUGGUCUUCUCAAACGCGCUCAAACGCUCGAUAUCAUUGUCAUGGCCAUCACCUACAUAUCGAUGCACUUGACUUUCGUUUCACUCUUUCUGAGCAUGAAGAAGUUGGGAUCGAAAGUUUGGCUUGCCACGAGUGUGCUUUUGAGUUCAACGUUUGCUUUCUUGCUGGGACUUGAUGUGGCCAUCAGACUUGGUGUUCCGAUAAGCAUGAAGCUACUAUCCGAAGGACUCCCCUUCUUGGUUGUGAUUAUUAGCUUUGAAAAGAGCAUUACUCUCACCAGAUCCGUUUUGUCUCAUGCCAUAGAGCAUCGGAAACCUCAAAAGCGUCAAAUUCAGGAGGGUAGCGGCGCCGGCCUUGCUGAAAGUUCUAUCCAGCAUGCCGUCCAAGGCGCCAUUAGGGAUAAGGGUUAUGCAAUCGGGGCCUUCAGCUUCCUUGCAGCAUUGAUUCUUUUCUUUGACUGUCUGCUGCUUUUUACCUUCUACACCGCUAUUCUCUCGAUCAAGCUUGAAGUCAAUCGCAUUAAGCGUCAUGUUGACAUACGGAGCGUGUUACAAGAUGAGGGGCUGAGUAGACGGAUAGCGGAAAGUGUUGCUAAAAGCAACGAUGCCCCAGACAAAACGAGUGCAUACCUGUUCAGCAAGGAUUUCAAGGGCAGUAACGUUCGAAAAUUCAAGUUCUGGAUGGUCGUGGGCUUCUUUGUGGUCAAUAUUGUGAACCUUUGCUCUAUCACGUUCCAACCAUCUUCUGGUGGUUCCUUAUACGGCAUGUCGGGUUGGAACAGACGCCUCAGCGGGAUGGCCAUGAACCGUCCGCUCGAGCCGUUUAAGGUAGCCGGAGAUGGACUGGACGAACUGCUUUUUCAGGCAAGAGGGCGUGACCAAGCAACUGUAGUCACCGUGCUCGCUCAUAUCAACUACGAGCUGCAACAUUCCUUCCUUCCUCGCCGCUCCACGUACCCCGGCAACCCCAAGCCUAUUCAGCGCGGACCGUCGGACGUCCCGUCUCAGUUUCCCGAGUAUGGAGUCGGCGAAAGAAUGGUCGGUGGUCUCCUGACCAGCCUUGAAGAUCCUGUGCUCUCAAAAUGGAUGUUUGUGGCACUUGCUUUGAGCGUCGCUCUGAAUAGUUAUCUCUUUAAGGCUGCCAGACUAGGGAUCAAAGACCCCAAUCUCCCGGAUCACCCUGUCAACCUAGUUGAACUUGCCCAGGCUGAAAGGUUCAAUGCUGCGCAGACUCUGACUCCUCAGCUCCAGUUGAGACCCCGGGUCCCCGAGAUAGAGCAGUCUACCCUUGUCAGUAGUGAUAAUGACAGUGAGGCCCCUUCGGAACCCACGCAAAAAUCUGCAAAAGUGACUCUGCUAGUGCAAAAAUCAACACCAACCGAGCAAUCUUCUCUAUCUCGCACGCCCGCGGAACUAGACGAUCUGCUUAAGAAAAUACCUAUCAGCGAAUUGAACGACGAGGAUAUCGUUUCUUUAUCUUUACAGGGCAAGAUUCCUGGAUACGCGCUAGAGAAAAGCCUUAAAGACUGCACGCGAGCCGUUAAGGUUCGUCGCUCUAUCAUUUCGCGCACACCUGCUACCGCAAAUAUUACCCACAUGCUAGAAGCUUCAGAGCUACCAUACGAACACUACGCUUGGGAGCGUGUUCUGGGAGCUUGUUGCGAGAAUGUCAUUGGCUUUAUGCCAGUGCCUGUUGGAGUCGCCGGCCCUCUCGUCAUCGACGGCAAGAGUUAUUUCAUUCCUAUGGCAACAACUGAAGGAGUCCUGGUAGCUAGUGCAAGCCGUGGCAGCAAGGCCAUUAAUCUCGGCGGUGGUGCUGUGACAAUCGUCACCGGUGAUGGUAUGACUCGUGGCCCGUGUGUGAGAUUUUCGCUCCUUCCACGAGCUGGUGCCGCAAAAGCCUGGCUUGAUUCUGAUGCUGGUCAGACUGUGAUGAAAGAUGCCUUUAACUCGACAAGCCGAUUCGCACGACUGCAGAGCUUGAGGACCACGAUCUCUGGUACGAACGUGUAUAUUCGAUUUAAAGCAACGACCGGCGAUGCGAUGGGAAUGAAUAUGAUUUCCAAAGGUGUUGAGCAUGCUCUGCAUGUCAUGUCGACUGAGGCAGGAUUUGAUGAUAUGAAGAUCGUCACCCUGUCGGGAAAUUAUUGCACAGAUAAGAAACCCUCCGCUUUGAAUUGGAUCGAUGGGCGGGGCAAGGGAAUUGUGGCCGAGGCCAUUGUGCCAGCGAACGUUGUCAGGGAUGUUUUGAAGAGCGACGUUGACAGCAUGAUUCAGCUGAAUGUGUCGAAAAAUCUAAUUGGUUCCGCCAUGGCCGGCUCAAUUGGUGGAUAUAACGCUCAAGCGGCGAACCUCGCAGCGGCCGUUUUCAUUGCUACAGGACAGGAUCCUGCGCAGGUGGUGGAGAGUGCCAACUGCAUGACUCUUAUGGAAAAUUACCGUGGCUCACUCCAUAUUUCCGUCACUAUGCCGUCCAUCGAAGUUGGUACAUUGGGUGGUGGUACUAUUCUGGAACCCCAGGGAGCAAUGCUCGACAUGCUUGGUGUUCGCGGAUCCCAUCCGACUACGCCCGGCGAGAAUGCACGUCAACUUGCGCGCAUCAUCGGAGGUGCCGUUCUGGCGGGAGAGCUGUCUCUUUGUGCAGCUCUGGCAGCCGGUCAUCUCGUGCAAGCGCACAUGGCGCACAAUCGGUCUGCCCCGACAUCUGCAGCCCCCUCUCGGAGCGCAUCACCAUCUGGCGGAACUCGGAUUCCGCCCGGUCCCGGCUAUGGCCCCAAGAUGAGUGCUGCGGCAGUGGAACGGACUAGGCGCUGA